GGAAGGAAAACUGAGAUAUACUGCCGUGAGAAAAACAGUAUGAUGGAUUCAGAAGGUUCUGCCCCAACGAAUUCAAAGGAAUAUCUAAGCAAUGACAUAACGGCUACCUCUGGUAAACAUUAUCUUUGUGGCUACUGUGCAGCCUUCACGAAUAUAGCAGUCACUUUUCCCAUCCAGAAGGUCCUCUUUCGGCAGCAGUUGUAUGGUUUGAAAACAAAGGAUGCAGUACAUCAGCUGCAGAAGGAUGGGAUUCGAAAUCUCUAUCGUGGCAUCCUUCCUCCGUUAAUGCAGAAAACAACAACACUGGCUCUAAUGUUUGGCUUAUAUGAAGAUUUCUCCUCCCUGCUCCAUAGCCACACAAGUGCUCCUGAACUCCUCACUCGCAGCAUGGCAGCAGUGCUUGCAGGGACCACAGAAGCUGUUCUUACACCUUUUGAGCGAGUUCAGACUUUGCUUCAGGACUACAAACAUCACGAUAAAUUUACAAACACUUACCAGGCUUUCAAGGUACUGAAAGUCUAUGGGCUGAGAGAGUAUUAUCGGGGAUUGGUGCCUAUUCUGCUUCGAAAUGGCCCCAGUAAUGCACUCUUCUUUGGCCUGCGGGGACCUAUCAAACAAUGUCUGCCUGAAGCAACUUCUUACAGCACUCAUUUGGUCAAUGACUUUAUCUGUGGAGGGCUGUUGGGUGCCAUGCUGGGAUUCUUGUUUUUCCCAGUGAAUGUUGUAAAAACUCGCAUGCAAGCUCAAAUUGGUGGUGAAUUUCAGUCCUUCUCAAAAGUUUUUGUGAAGAUCUGGCUGGAACGUGAUAGAAAACUGAUCCACCUUUUCAGAGGAGCCCAUCUGAAUUACCAUCGUUCUGUCCUGUCCUGGGGCAUAAUUAAUGCGACCUAUGAAUUCUUGCUAAAGCUAUUGUGAAAACCACUAUCUUCCUUUGGCUCUUCUGUUCAUUUGGGUAUUGGCACGUAUGAUGUCACUUAAUCCCAGGGAACAGUGCCUGCAGUGUGUGAAAGGUAAUUUAGUCUUGGCCUUCAAUAUUUAUGGAGUGAAUGGUGAUGCAUCUAAGUGUUGGUGCAAUUAAGAUGAACUUUUUGAAGUAUUUAUUUGUUGGCAGGUGAGUUUACCCAUAAUGGAGCUACUAGACAAAUAAGAGGUUUAAAAAAAAAAAAAAGGACUUAUAUUAGUCCAGCGGCUUAUUCUGUAUC